AUGUCAUCUCAGUCAGUUGCUGCUCCUACUACAGUUGCAUCGCUUACUAAGAAACUCGAAGAAUCCACCAGUCUUCCAAGUCAUUCAGAUAAUCCUUCUCCACCGAAGAAGAUGAAAACCCAGUCCAAACCGAAAUUGACGACGUCAAUCCAGUUUGAUAUCACUAAUAAAAGUGCUCUAUCGGAUUUGUCAAAAAGAUACAAUCCUCCGCAGCCGCCACCCGGUGAAUCAACUGCUCCGACGAAAAAGUCAACGUAUUUCGAAAAGCUCGACGUGGCCACACGCCUCGAACUUGACCAUGGCACCCAACACAUCAUAGAUGUGCAGCCUGACCUUAGGUUUCCACUUCAGUACUUUAUGUACAAUGUUGCUGAAGAAUAUCCUGACCUUACAACUAAGGCGCAUCCCUACGUAAGUAUUUUCACCCUUAUCGCCUACCAACAACUAAUGCUUAAUGCUUACUUGCUUGUCUGUGAUCUACACGCACGUGAAACUGCUUCCUACUUUGCACAAAGUUAUAAGAACGACGCUCUUAAAUCAGACUUUCUGUCUAGAUUACUAAGUUGCUACAUUCCACCAGACUUAGAAUUACUGAUAAAUAACCUUGCUCCCACCUACGAUCCACAACGUAGAUUACAAGUGUAUGUUCCAUCCCUCGCAGCCUAUGACUUUUUAACCGACUACGGAAGAUCCGUUCCACCAUCAAUGUUCAUCCUCGCUCAUCAUCUCCUUGCAUCAUCAAGAACCAAUGCUGAACCUGAAACCAUCCUUAGAACAUUUUAUGCCACCACAAUCCUAGAAAUUGGAAACACGACUUACACUCCAUCCAACUUCCUCGGCGGAUAUUUCGAUCGCUUGCAACGCCCUACCAACCAUUCAAACUGGUUAAACUCAAGAUUUGAAAAGAUUUUUAAUCCUGUUAUUGGCAGAGCUCUUGUCCAAAGGCCUACUUUGGCAAAGACCCGCAUGCAUGUUCAGCACUAUCCAGCUGCUGAUCAAGUCAACCCUUACGAUUUAUUAUUAUGCUAUUCAGAAACUAAUCUCGAGAAAAUUCUCGAAGUAAGAUGUGUCCAGCUUUCUAAAGUCAGAAGCUAA